ACUUCACCUUCACCAUGGCCGACUCUGACGUGCACCAGGUGGCGGACGCCAUUGGUGAGUGCGUCAUCACCGACCGUCUCACCCCGCAGCAGAUGCAGGUGAAGACUCUGUGGAAGGAGCAGCGGGUUGUGGUUCAUGUCCUGCGUAGGUUUGGCUGACAAAUCUGCAGACUGGGGGCCUACGAGCUGAGCCAGCUCAAGCCGCAGCUGGACGCCAUGGGCGUUCGGCUGGUGGGCGUCGGCGUGGAGACCUUUGGCUACAAGGACUUUUACGAUGGUAACUUUUGGGCCGGCGAGCUGUUCGUCAACGAGGGCAAGACUAUCCACAAGGCGCUUCGCCUGGCCAAGAAGGGCAUUACCUCGGGCUUUGGCCUCUUCAACUCAACCGCCCGCAAGCGGAUCAAGGAGUCCAAGGACCGCGGCUUUGAAGGCAACCUCAAGGGCGACGGCUUCCAGCUCGGCGGCACCUUUGUCUUUGACAUCGGCGGCGAUCUGCUCUACGAGUUCCGCCAGGAGAACUACGGCGAGCACGCGCCUCUCGGCGACAUCCUCGAAGCUCUCGGCGGCAACGCUGCCGACGCGCCCGACACCUCGGAUAUUUCUGCUCCUGAGCCGCGCUCCGAGUCCGAGUGCCCCGGCGACAAGGAGGAGCUGAUGCUGUAGCGCAAGGUAGCCUCUUUUCCCCGUUCCCCCCCCCC